AUGGUAUUUUCUGUUAAAUUAUUUAAUCUUUUAAAUGUAAUAUUACUUUUACAUGCUACUUUAAUAUAUUCAGAAUUUACUAAUAAUUUUCGACAAUUUGUUAAAGGAGUAUAUGAUAAUAAAAUAUUAUCAAAAUUUGAAAGACUUGAUCUUGGUAAAGGUGGAAGUUUUGGUGGUAAACAUAAACAUAAUGAUAAAAUAAGACAUAAUCCAAUAAUUUUUAUACAUGGUGCAACUAGAAAAGCUGAUACUUUUAAUCAAGCACGAACAUUUUUUACAAAACAUGGAUAUAAAAGUGGUGAACUUUAUGGUAUGUCAUAUUAUGAUGAUGGAAGAACACCACUUACAGGAGUUGUUCUUAGAUGUAGUGAUAUUCAUAAUAUAAGACAAUUUAUAAUAGUUGUCCAUAAAUAUACUAAAAGAAAAGUUAAUGUUGUUGGGUAUAGUAUGGGUAGUCCAUUAACUAGAAAAGCAAUAUUAGGAGGAAAAUGUGUUGAUACACAUUUUCAUUUAGGAGAUCCUAUAACAGAUUUAGUUGAAAAUUAUGUAUCAAUUGCAGGAGUUGCAAAUGGAUUUGAAACUUGUUCAAAUAUUUUUAGUUCAGCAACAUUUUGUAAUAAAAACAAUGGUUUUGCAUGUAAUUCAAAAUUUAUUAAAAACUUGAAUAACAAAAAUUAUCGUUAUGAAGGGGCAAAUUCUUAUGCAAUUUAUAGUGAAACAGAUGGUUUAGUUGGCCAAAAUUGUUGUGGAAAAAAGUGUUCUGCAAUAACUGGAGCUACAAGAAAUAUACGGUUAAAUGGAAAUAAUCAUGCUACUAUACUACCAGCAUCAUUGAGUGUAAUGUUUAAAUUAUUUAAUUAA